GAAAGCGCCAAUAGGAGACGCAGGAGAGCCGCGGCACGGUCAAUGCUGAGAGUUAGGUUGCACGCUGGGCAAUGACGGACUUGGGAGGUGGAAGUAGCUUGUCCUUGAUGCAUUACCAUUUCCGGCUCUUACUGCUCAUUCCCCUGCUUUAGCAAUGGAGCCUACCAGGGCUGUAUUAAAGUGCUAUGCCAGUCAGUGGAUGCGAAUGGUGGUUCAGCAUUGGUGGAGCCGGAAGCCGCCAGUGAGCCGGGGCUUCUGGGCUUUCUCUUGGCCGCCCCGAUUACCAUGUAUAAAAAGUGCAACAAGUGCAAUGUCCCGUAGUACCCUGCGUUCAAGCUGCACUUACUCUUUAAGAAGUUUCUGUGUGACUUCCCAGAGCCGCCUGUGCUGGAGAUGUCAGGCUGAAAUGAGCAGGGCUGAGUUGUUCUGCCCCACAUGUACUUCUCUGCAGCCACCUGAUGAGAGCAAGGACUUUUUCCAGGUUCUGGAUUGUGAAAAAUCAUUUAAUGUUGACACUCAGGAACUGCAAAGAAAAUACCGCAAUCUUCAGCGUUUGCUUCAUCCAGAUUUCUUCAGCCAGAAGUCAGAGAGUGAACGGAACAUAUCAGAAAAGCAGUCAACAGUGGUUAACAAAGCUUACAAAACCCUUCUAUCACCUUUAAAGCGAGGAGUAUAUUUGCUAAGUCUGAAUGGCAUAACAUUAAAGGAAGGAGCGGACGAUGAAGUGGAUACACAAUUUCUCUUUGAUAUAUUAGAGCUUAAUGAACAACUAAAUGAUGCAGAAACUAAGGAUGACAUUGAAGAAGUUGGACAUUUUGUACAAGAACAGUUGGUGUCAUUGACAAAGGAUUUGAGAAAAGCUUUCCAGCAAGGUGAUCUCCAAGAAGCUAAAAUACUUUUAGCAAAGAUGAAAUACUUCUCAAAUAUACAAGACCAAGUAAAGAAGAAAAUAAUACCUUAGGUUCUGUACAAAUCAGGCAUAAUCCCAUUAAGUUCUCAACAUUGCUGAACAAAGCAUUUGCACUGCCAGUAAGUUUUCCCCUAUGUGAAAGCUCUGCCAACCAAAAUCUAAUUUAUUGAAAGGACAUUUGCUUACUGGGCUAGACCAGAAAGAGAAUUCUAAAAUAAUUACUCCUGCAAUUCUGACAAGGAUUUCUCAUGCCUAAGGAGAAACCAGAUGCUUGGCUUUGUAUGAUAGCAGCUAUAUUUAUCUGAGUGAAAAAAAGUAAAGUUGUUUUUAUCGGUG